AUGUGGAAGAGCGAUCGAUCGUGGCAGCAGAUACGCCGGGAAGGAGUAAGAGCCGGCGGCGGUGUCCAACAGGUCUGUCCAGAGGACAGAGACCCCGCACGUGGUGCGCGGGAGAGGGGAAGGGGGGAGAGGGGCGGGUCAAGGUCGCCGCCGGGUGGCGCUCGAUACUCGCUGGACCGCGGAGGCGGCGUCGGCGGCGGGGGCGACGGUGGCGGCGGGGGCGGCGGGGGCGGCGGGAGCGGAGGGGGUGCCGGGGACGGCGGGGGCGGAGGAGCGUGCUCAGCCCUCGUGGCGGCUGACACAGCGGCCGCCCACUCAACCCGCCGUUCAAUUAGCGCGCCCGCUCUCGAAGGCUGCGCCAAGAUAAGCUAUGCUGGCGGUGGCUGCCAGUGA